UGUCAGUUAGGUUCGGUGUUGAAAUGGGAUAUUGCAAUCGACAUUUUGAAAAUCUCAUCAAUGGUGGAAAGGCUUAGUGCUUUUUCAGUCUAUGCUCUCUGAAAUAGAAAUUAAGAAAAACACACUACAGAUUGUCUGGAAAUUUGAUUAACAGAUGUUCGAUUUUGAUAUGAACGCAGCCAUAUAUUGCACACAGUCUGGCCGAACUCGCCUUCUAACACGAAUUUUAGUUGUUUAGAAACAUUACGUUUAUUCCAUUGGAAUUAACAGAAAUGAUGUUUGAUCUGCCUUUUGUUCCUACCAAUAUGUAGCUGUGAGAAUUUACAUGUUAACAAGGAGAGGCCCGUAUAUACAACCGCCAGUUCACCAUACAGGGCCAAAAAUCUUCGUACCGGUAUGGUUACAAUCGUCUUCACCACAAUUCUUCAUCUCUACGCUAUUCUGCACUUUUUACAAGCCCAAACUAUCUACAUCAGCACCGUCAAACAAAACGGCUGUCCCACCUGUUACACAUACACAAAACUCAGUCAGCAUUCUUUCCUACUCGGGAACAACACAUUUUUCCGCUUCAAAGUCAAAGCCUGCUCUAGUGCCUAUGUGGGGUUAAUGGAGACCGACUCAGAUGAAGAAAAUAUGUAUGAAAUAGCCAUUGAAGGCGAACAAAAUAUCGGAGGUGUCGGGAUAUACGAUGGUAAAAGAGGUAACAGCUUGUAUGAUGUCCCCGUGUCUGGGAUUAUGGAUUGUUACCUUAUGAAGGAUUUUUAUGUGGAAUGGACGAACAAUUUCAUCACGGUUGAAAACUACGUCCCGUUAUCGGAUACUUGGGUACCAAUACUGACAUGGAGUAGUGCACAGUUGUACGCUAUCAACUUCAUAGGUGUGACAACAGGAAGGCACCAAGAUGGCGAAUGGGAAAUAGGGAAUCCCAACAUCCCGAGAGUGAAUGCGCAUCUGGCAGAAACAUUUUACACGACAGAAACGAUGUCAUUUCCUAUAUACACCGGUACAUACUUCCCACUGACAAUACAUUCUACUGUUAACACCACAGAACAUGUACUUUCACCAGUUAUCCCCACCUCUUCAAGUUCCUUUAUAUCCACCGCCCUAAAUCCAUCAAUGUACACUAUUUCAAGUCCAUUAUUUCCCACUGCUUCGAAUACAUUAACUUAUACUCUCUUAAGUCCAUUGCUAUCUUCAGUUCCAAGUCCAUCAAUUUCCAAGUCCAUCAAUGUACACUAUUUCAACUCCAUUAAUUUCUUCUGUUCCAAGUCAAUCAAUGUACACUAUUUCAAGUCCAUUAAUUCCUGCUCCAAGUCCAUCAAUGCCAAUUUCGUCAAGUCAAUUAAUGGCCACUCCUUCUGGUCCAGCGGUGCACCCUUCGCCUAG